GUCUAUGAAGUUCAGGGUAGCAGUUCUUAAUGUUCUCGUGCCCUUUUCAACCUAUCCACUGACUUGAGCCUCGGAUGACAUCAGCAGAAACUGGAGGAGAUAGGAUGAAGUUACAAUUGUAUUGAUAUAACGUUGCAUUGAUGAUAAUGACAGGAGUGGCGCUAAUCAUCAUUGGCUCUUAAAAUACCGGACAAGAGUCGAGGUUACGAUACAAAGUUGUGGCUGAGACGGUUAUGUGUGGUUUUCAAUAGACGUUUUGCUGCUUGAACCAGUGAAAUAGUUGGGACGGAUUAGUGUUAGUCACCGUCAUGGCUGUUGACUUUAACUUCAGAUAAGGACAGUUAGAUCAGUUUGAAAGGCAUAUGGAUUAAAGUGAUCGUGGAAGACUAGAACUAUGAGUAUUGACAAGCUAAUCAACCAGGGGAAGUAUAGCAACUUUGUCCUUGGCAAUGCACAAGCAAAAGGCUACCCGAUCGUCUACUGCUCAGAUGGGUUCUGUGAACUCACAGGCUUCCCGCGGGCCCAGGUUAUGUCCAAGAGCUGCGCGUGUAACUUUUUAUACGGGACCGACACGGACAGCGAAGAGAAGACGAAAAUUGAAGAUGCGUUGGAUGCAUUAUCAGAACUUAAAACAGAGCUCAUAUUCUACAGGAAAAAUGGUAGUCCGUUCUGGUGUCUCCUUGACAUUGUGCCCAUCAAGAAUGAGAAAGGACAAGUUGUCUUAUUCCUCGCUUCCCAUAAAGACAUCACACGAGACAAAGUGGGCGAUUUCAGUGGAGACAGUCCGACAGCUUCAGAAACGCCCACACCAGUAUCACCGGGGCCACCUGGCAUCGUUACAGAUCUGCACUUUGACCUACCGGAUGAGCUGAAAGGAGAAGGAAUGACCCCUAAUGGUGACUUCAAGUACCACCGACGACGGAGUCGCGCCGUGUUGUAUCAUCUCUCAGGGCAGUUUGAUAAACAGAGCAAGAGUAAGCUACAGUUGAAUAAAAUCCAGAACCUGUCGGGCAAGAACACACUUCCAGAAUACAAAGUACAAGAUGCUCGCAAUCAAAAAUCACACUUCAUCCUCUUGCAUUAUGGGAUAUUCAAGAUCGGCUGGGAUUGGUUGAUUCUUCUGUGUACAUUCUAUAUUGCUGUCGUCGUGCCAUAUAACGCUGCGUUCCUUCAGAACGACAAGAAAGAGUUACUUGUUCCCGAUGUGACUGUAGAGGUGCUUUUUAUCAUUGAUGCAAUUAUAGAAUUUGCCUUUAUCUUUGACAUUAUAUUCAACUUUCGGACGACGUACGUAAGUCGGGGUGGUCAGGUGGUGUACGACCCAAAGCUUAUAGCCCUAAACUAUAUAAAAGGCUGGUUCCUAUUGGAUCUGCUGGCAGCAAUACCCUUCGAUCUUUUCUAUGCAUUCCAAGUGGGAGAUGCUUUAAUGCAGGGACCCGAGAAAAAAAUCCAUCUCCUAAAGUUAGCGAGGAUGUUACGACUUGCUCGGUUACUGCAAAAAAUCGACCGUUAUUCCCAAUAUAGUGCGGUGGUUCUCGCACUGCUCAUGUCUACAUUUGGCCUUAUUGCUCAUUGGUUGGCCUGCAUAUGGUAUGUGAUAGGAAUCGAGGAGAUCGGCCAGAACCCGCCAUCUUGGAAAAUAGGAUGGAUUAACGAUCUGGCAGAAAAAUUAAAUUUACAGUCAGACUUUGACAAUGUGACGAACUUUCCUCCGAUAGAGAGUUGUUACUUAACCGCCCUCUAUUUUACAUGUAGUAGUUUAACCAGUGUCGGAUUCGGUAAUGUCUCAGCGAAUACGAACGUGGAAAAAAUCUUCUCCAUCUGUGCAAUGUUAGUAGGAGCCCUCAUGCAUGCUGUAGUAUUUGGAAACGUAACGGCCAUCAUUCAGAGAAUGUACGCACGACGGGCAUCGUAUCAGUCUAAGACACGUGAUCUCAAAGACUUCACACGUGUUCAUCACAUUCCUAAACCACUGAAACAGAGGAUGCAGGAGUUUUUCCAGACGAUGUGGUCGAUAAACCAUGGUAUUGAUACCUCAGAGAUCCUUCGUGACUUUCCAGAAGAGCUGAAGGGCGACAUCGCAAUCCACCUCAACCGGGAAAUCCUCGCCUUACAAUUGUUUGAAGCGUGCAGUCAGGGAUGUUUGAAGCUACUCGCACAGGAGAUCAAAACAACAUUCUGUGCGCCGGGAGAGUACCUCGUCCACAAGGGCGACGUACUACAGUAUAUAUACUUUGUUUGUAGUGGGUCCAUGGAGAUUUGGAAGGACGAUACUGUGGUAGCUAUUCUUGGAAAAGGUGACCUCUUUGGGACGGAUAUCAACACGAAUAUGUUAAAAGAACAUUUUAACUUGCGAUCGAGCUGUGAUGUGAAGUCGCUAACCUACUGUGAUCUACAAUGCAUCUUCCUGAAAGGACUCAUUCCUGUGCUCGAUUUAUAUCCGGAAUUUGGAGAAAAGUUCUGUGAGGAUAUUCAGCACGAUCUGACGUAUAAUAUGAGAGAAGGUUUUGAGGAGGAGGAGGAGGAGCAAAUGGAAAUCCAUCCUGCAAUCACGUUACCAUCGAUAUCAGAAGACGACGAGGAAGAAGACGAAAGUGACGAAGACGGUGAGACGUCUCCGCUGGCGUCGCCCGAUAUCAAUAAAAACACCACCACCACAAAUGUAAAUACAGAAAAUGUGUCAACUGCUCGGUCAUUUUUGGAUAAAUCUAAAAUGGACGCCACCAUUAACCCUCUCAAACCUGAGUUUCCUUCCCGCAAUCAGUAUUCACCGCUCAAAGGUAGUUCACGUCUUCCUAGCAAAAACAGCAAGACUCCAAGUCGCAGAUGGGCUCAGGGAGGUUUCCCUGUUGACCAAAAAAAAUAUGAGAAAUACUUUCCGAUGAAGAGAUUGGAACCAUUCCAUGAAACGUACGAUGGUAUAUACACACGACGUCGAAGCUUUGAACUUUCCAAGAAACCUGGGGUCCACCCCUCGUGUCGGCGGACCCCGCUUAGUAGUGUGGCAGAGCCCCCUACUGGCUUUCUCCGACCUUGUCAUACUGCUCCGUCACUUAAUAUUCCAGGCAGUAAAUCCCCCGCUCAUUCCGCCUCUAGUGAAUCCAUUCCUACUGCUGUGCUCCACCAAGACCUGGAACAAACAAAAGAAAACAUUAGUCGCCUUGACAACCAAGUUGCGACCUUGACCAAUGAUAUUGGUUCAUUGACAACGGACGUUAAAACGAUGUUGAAAUUACUAAAUGGAUUAGCUGGGAAUAGUCCGCAUUUGGAGUCACCGAGUACAUCGCAGAGUUCUCCGCAUAGUACGCCGCCUAGUGACGCAGGAAGUGAGAGACCAUCGUUCUUCUUCGGACCUUGUUUGGAUGCUGAGGUGAGCUGUGGCACCGGCGCGAUAACUAAAAAAGCACAAUCGCCUCAACGGCAGGCAUCAGGAAAAUCUCGUACAAAGUUAGAGAAAAUGAACAGCGCCCCCUUGCCAAGUAUGAGUGGAAAUCCUCCGCAUAAUGACUUGUUGUUGAGUCAUGAGAAGUGUACCGCACCACGAUCUGCAACCGACUCUGCCUUGUUCAAAGCGAUUAACCCCUUGAGUGUUAAGGACACUCCUCUGAGCCGAGGUGCGAGUGGAGAUUCGACUUCCUUGGCAACACCGUUGUCACUGUUUGAAGUUGAGACUUCUCCACCGAGUACAAACUCUACAAGUACAGGUAUCGUGUCUCCUGAUGCACCCACUUCGGCGUCAUCAGGAAAUGCUAACACUGGGAAUUCCCGGUUUAGUUUCUUUCCGCGGCGAUUUAGCAAUCGGCGGCGGAGUUCGCAAACGUCAACUCAAGGUACGGACGUCGAGGCACCGGCGAAUUUACAAUCUUCUGAGCUGUGAUUGGUUGCUCAUAUGUUAUGGUAAUGAGGUGUUUUAGUUGCACAAUUCUUUUAACAACGCAUUUAAAGGGACAAUGGUCUGUCAUUAUCUAUCAUGUAAAGGGAUCGAGACAAUGUUCUGUCAUUAUCUAUUAUUUAAAGGGACAAUGGUCGGUCGUUAUCUAUCAUUUAAAGGGACAAUGGUCUGUCUAUAUCAUCGGAGAGCUGGUUACCACCAAUAAUAUUGCAUAACUUGAAACUCAAGUUUCAGAUUGGUGAAAUUGCUACAUAUGGUCACUCUGUGUGUAUGGUAGUAUACUACAGUACUGAUCAAAAAAAUAUCCUGCUUGCCCAUAACAAAAUAAUCUACAAAUGCACUCAAUUGGGUUGGAGGUAUGUAUUGAAAGUGUUCACAAGCAUCUAUAUCAGAAAUGUGCUUUGCACACGGUUGUUUAAAUUUAAGUGGGAUAUUUCUUCUGAUCAGUACUGGACUUUGUAAAUAGGUUUAAAUCAUGACAAAAUUCCCAUUCCGGCCUUCAGAUUUUUCAUGAAACUUAAGGAGUCAAAAUGUACCAAUAUUUUUUGAAUUUUUUUGUGAUAUCUGCUUAGAAUUCCAAAGUGUUUGCUAAUUUUAGAUGAUUUGCAAAUACUCAAUGGUAGUAAAAAUGACGGUUGGUCCUCAAUGUCUUGGAAGGGACAUGGUGUAACACUGUGCUGCUCAGUUAAUGUUAUUUUCAUGUGGGCAAUGUUCAGUGUUGGAAGUGGGGCUAGGUUCAGUGUUGGGAGUUGGGCUCUCAGUGUUCAGUGUUGGGAGUUGGGCAAUGUGCAGUGUGCUCUAAUGUACAGUUUUAUAUCUUCCCAUUGCAUUUACCAUGUUUUUUGUUCGAUCUCUUCAUAUAUACCAUAGAUUUACAAUCAGUUCUCGAAUCAUGUGCAAUAUGAGUGAAUCUCUAGUCAAAUAGGUCAUUAAAGGAAGAUUAUAUCCACGGGGAGUUGCAUCUCUCUGCAGAGGGUCUGAAAGGGGCGCCUAUAAGUCUACCGCUAACCCUGUGCUUGUCUCUUGUUUAUGUACAUUUUCUGAUGCAUCCAAAGCCUAGUUUCUGUACAGGAAUGCUUCAGACCAGACUGGUGGUGGGCAGGCAUUAUCUAAGGACACGCCUCAUUAAAUCAGUUCUGAAGUACAUGUAUAUGACUUGCUUGAGUCUGGUGUUGGGUCAAUUAUAGUCCAAGCUAUUAUAAGGUGUCAAGAUGUUACAGACUAGGGGUACUAUGUAUUCAUUCAUUCUUCUUUUUAAAUACAAUCAAAGCUUGGCAUUUUGGUUUUUGAUUUACUAUUUAUAUGGAAAAUGUAAUAUAUUGGCAAGAAAAUGCAUAAAUAUUUGUGUUUAGCGAAAGGUGUACAUGUUUCAUUUCUCUGUGUACAUUCUGUGUAUAAUAUGAAGUGUGUACAGAGCCCAUGCUUCUCUCUGUGUAUAUAUUGGACAUAUACAAGGAAGAUUUUUUAUUUUUCAAUAUUUUGUACAUAUGAGCUAAGCUAAAUAUAUUGGCAAAUCUAUAUAUAUACAUAUGACAUAUGACAUAUGACAUAUGACAUAUGACAUAUGACAUAUGACAUAAUUCUUAAAAUUCUCAAUAGGAAAUCUUUGUUUAAAAACAAGGUUCUAAAUGUGAAUUGUGAUUUUAGUUUAGUGUAUAUAUCUCAGUCAUUUUACCACUAUUCAUGAGAUAGGAAACUGUACAGGUGAUUUAUAUGUAAAUUCGGAUGAUUUAUGUUAAUUCUGUAAUUAUUUAUAUGUAAAUCAUGUUAACAUACAGUGUGCGCUCUGUUAAAUGAGUUAUGGGCCAUCCUAUUUCAUAAUCAUGAUCCGUAAAACCAAAGUGGUUACUUGCUAUAACUGUUGAAAGGUAAAAAGGCCCAAGCUCACAUAACUAUAAACAGUAGAAACAGCUUCAUGUCAAGAUAUUGGGAACUUUCAGUCAAACUAUCAUUAAUGCAACUUUCAAUACAUGUCUUAUACUCCCCCUCCUCGACCAAAAUGAGUACUGGCAAAGUCAUGGUCGCUGAAAAUACUAUGGUAUUGUAUGGUUGAUGCCACACUUUACAUGUCACAGUGUUUAAAAUACUUUUGCUAUUGUAAGGUGUGUGAAUUCAUGUCAGUAUUAUUACACGGAUUAUUGUAACUCAGGUGUCUCAAAAAUAUAUAUCUCUGUUUUCAAAAUAUUUGUCUCUGGCAAAUAUUCAGAUUAAAGCUUAAUUCACAAGUAGCAAAAGUAUUCUAGCACCAGGAGAGUUGAGACAGGUAAUGUCAACAUGGGGGCAAGCUAGACCCUGCCAUUGUUCUCCAUUCACAAUUGAGUCUCUUUUCCUAAUCUGAUCAGUGCCCUUCGUGGUGUGACAUAUGAUUGUGGGAAAACAAAAUGGCUGACAUUAUUAUGGGGUCAGCCCACUGUGGCAAGUAACAGGAUUGUGGUUGGUUAAAAGCUAAACAGCUUGUUGAUUGUGUCGAGAGAAGUGCCUGUUGAUGGGAGGCCCGGGGAAUGUUAGGUUGUUCCGAUAUGGAAUAUGAUAUUCGUACAUUGCUCACUAUUUUUGCAUUUAUCUUUGUUUUAUCGAAUUUCUUUAUAAGAAACUUGAUGUAUUUAUGAUUCUUUGUUAAUAGCUUUCCAUUCCUCCGCUUGAUGGUCAGGAACCAUGUGUUGUGUAUGGUGUCUUGAGACUGUUUCCACAUUGCCAAAUGUCACGCUUGUGUGGGGUGAUUCACUCGCAACCCUGAAGACCCAUGCUAGGAAAAUCCCAGGUUUGCAAGUGGUUAUUGGGGUGCUGAAGGCUGUGACACCAAGCAUACCAGCAGAGGUAUUGGGAGCCUCGUUUUUGCCACGGGUUGUAUACACCCAAUUUGAUAUCUUAGUUCAAAAUGGCAUGGGUCACGUUCCAGAACAAAUCAACCAGCAUGAGUACCCAGGGUAUUGAUGUGUUUCAUCCCCCACAGUUUAAAGAUUUGAAUUACAUACAUGUCGAGCAAGUUGACUUGUAAAAUCACUCAAUUUGACAUGGUUUAUAUUUUUACCCAUUUCGUGAUGUUGCUAUGAUCACUAAAGUUUGUAAACCCUUGAAUAAGAACCAAGUUCUUUGAUGGUAUUCUGUCACAAACCAACCUUCUCAAUGCCAAUGCCUAAACUUUGGACUGUAGUUAAGACACACUAUGACAAAAAUGCCGAAUACAUUGCAGCUAAAAUAGGUGAUUUUACAGUACUUGAAGUUCAGGGUAAUAGUUACUGUGUUGACACUAUUGAGCUUGUUGUGGUGGGUCUGUUACACAUAGGCCUAUUACAUGUUAAUCGAUGUGCAGGCCCCUUGUGCAAGCCCCCCCCCCUCAACCUGGUUUAUAGCACCAACACAGCAGUGUCUUCAGUGUGAACUGUGAAUUCUUGUCAAACGCAGACUUAAACCAUAAAAAUGUCACCUGUAAUGGUUUAACCAUUAAACUAAAGCAGCAAGUGCAGUCUAAAUCAUGUCACCGAUCGUAAAUUAGCCGGUUGCAAACAUGUCACAGUUCACAAUCUAGGCUUCAUCUCGUAUCAAGGUUAUGGUAUCUUCAGCCUGUUGUUCUCAUGUUCCUCCAUGUUUAUUCCCAUCUUAUUACAUUGUAUUUCUACACAAUAUUAUCAAAUCAACUGUUUUUAUCCAAAAUAAAACUUGUAAGGAGACAAA